AUGCUUGUUCCCAAGAUUGUGAAAGGAUGCAGCUUGAGCCAAGAUGCUGGGACGUACUGUUUGAGCCAGGUGGUCAAGCCUUGGGACAUGACAAUAUUUGAAGGAUCAAUGUUGCAGUCUAAGGAGGCAGAACCGAUUGGUGUCCCAAGGAACAUUGAACCUUCAAAAUUCACAGGUGCAUCUAUGCCAGAGGCAUCAGGGACACCUGAAGGACAGAAAAUCUCACAUUUGGUAUCAGAAACAAUCAGGUCAGAAUCUCCUACAAAGUCUGCUGAUCCCCUGUCAUUGCCUGUAGCUGAAUCUGAUUUAACAGCAGGUCACUUUCAAACAGAAACUACAGAGCUUACAAGUAGAUCAGAAAAUGAACAAGAAUACUCUAGAUUGCAUGCUUCCAAUGUGAGAGGUAGAUAUAGGCCUACACGUGGACAAGGUGGUCGGCUUUAUUCAGGAGAGAGCAGCUCAGCAAGUCACUUCACUCCUCUUCGUAAUCCACAUGGUGGUCUUAGUAGUGAUCGACCUCAACAGAAGGCAUUUUCUGGCAGUAAAGGAAGUACAGGAAAUGAAACCUCUCUUUCUGUUGGAGGAAUCAGAACAGCUGGGUUUGCCAUGGCACCUGAGAAGAAGCAGAGUGGAGGGAGUGGUAUUGGUGGUGGCUCACUGAGGCUGACUCCACAAUAUAAUGAUAGUCGUCCUGUAAAAGUGGUCGAUGACAGCUUGCAUUGGGAUGACAGAGCAGCUGAUAUGCUUUUGGAUCAGACAGAUUUCCUUGUUGUUGGUGUGAUUGGUCAUCAAGCAGUAGGAAAAUCGAUGAUCAUGUCUUUGCUAGCAGGGGCACGCUCAGCUACUAGCACACGAUUUUUCAAAGCAGAAAGUGAAGAAACACAGAUGCAUGCUAGCCACGAGACAGUUGGAAUAGACUUGAUAGCAACAACAGAAAGAAUAUUGCUUCUAGAUACUGAGCCUAUCAUGAGCUCGUCAGUCUUGUUUCAGCAGUUGACAAAAGAAAGAUUUCUGCCAUCGGAUGCUACACUUGAUAAAUCUAUUGAGAUUCAGUCACUGCAAGUGGCAUCCUUCAUUAUGUCAGUGUGUCAUGUAGUUGUAGUGGUUACGGACAAUGUAGACCAGCAGCUUUUCAGGUUUCUUGAAACUGCAGAAAUGUUGAAGCCUACUGGUUUAUCAGCUGUAACUCCACCAGGUCAAAGACAGGCAGGGUCUCAGUUGACUGAUGUGCAGGAAGACUUUGUUCCACACGUUGUGUUUGUGUAUAACAAAGCUAAUGGUACUGAUUUUCAACGAGAGAGAGUAGCUUUUUUGCAUCAAGCAGUUGAUAUGGAGUCAAGCCGUUUGACUAAACUGACAACAAGCUCUGGUGCAUCAAUGAUGACUAGUGGCAUUUUACCAUUUUCCAUCAAUGAAAUUCAAGUGUCUAAUGCCGAUCUCAAUCUGUUUCUAUUUCCUAAAUCAUCUCAGUUGGAUAAAGAAGUAAAGAAUGGAGGGUCUUUUCUCUUAUCUAUACCACACUAUAAAGGACAUCCCAGCUUUCACCUACUGGCAGAGACAUUUAGAAAUCAGAUAUUUCACCUGUCAGGGUCACGAUUCAUCAAACAGCCACCAUUGACAGAACGGCAAUGGUUUCGAUUUGCUGCUAGGUGCUGGAGUACCAUAAAAAAGUCUAGCCAAUUUACUGAUUUCAAGAAGCAACACAACUAACUACUGCCACUUAAGUAGAUUGAAGAUGUUUCUGACAAUAUUAUUAUUAUUAUGGCUCAAAGCA